AUGGUCGAUUUUAUGAAAAGAGCUCUAGAACUGGCAUCAGAAGCUCUAGCAGCUCAAGAGGUACCAGUUGGCUGUGUAUUUGUCAUAGAAUCGGAUAUUAUUGCUGAAUCUCGGAAUAGUGUUAAUGCUACUCACAAUCCUACAAGACAUGCCGAAAUUAAUUGUAUUGAUUAUGUAAUAGAAUAUUGUAAGGUCAACAAUAUUGACUACAGAUUGUAUUUUAAAAAUGUAACUGUCUAUGUUACAGUAGAACCUUGUAUUAUGUGUGCGGCUGCACUCAGCAACCUUGGUGUUAAAGAAGUUGUGUAUGGAUGUGCCAAUGACAGGUUUGGUGGAAAAACUGUAUUAGAUAUCAGUAAUUUUUAUGAACAUAAUUAUAAUCUGAUUGGAAAUUUAAUGGCCACUGAAGCUAUGGCUUUACUAAAACAAUUCUAUAAGGGUGCCAAUCCCAAUGCUCCCGAGUCAAAAGUGAAAAAAGAAAAAGGAUAAGAAAGCCAGUUGAGAAUUUUGUAUAUUACUAACUAGUAUAUUAUUAAUGGUUGAGAUGUAUAAUUUGUCAGUAAUUUCAGAAGGGAAAACAUUCCAGGGGAAUAAUUUAUGAAUGGGGAUAACAUUUUAAGAUUUCGUAAGUCUUAACAAUCAUAAAUACUCAAGCUCCCAACUGAGUGACCAACCAACCAACUUACUUUUAGUCUUUUAGUUGCCAUAUUAUUUUUUUGAAUAUUUUAAAUAAUUAGAUUAUAUCUAGUAAGUUUAUGUGUGCGUUCGCGCAGCGGAAUGUUGUUGAAUUUAAAGAUUUUAAUUAUGCAGAUAAUUAGUGUAAGACGUCCUAUAAUUGUGUAUGGUAAAUAAAAAUUUGUGUAUGCAGCCAUUGUGGAGAAAUUCACCAAAAACAGAUUCCGCUGGGCGAACGUUGGCGAACGUUGUCCUGGCCGAACUUUUUUUAAUCCAUAGACUUUAGAAGAAAAGAGAUGUGUCCGAAAAUUAGUGUGUAUUUGUGUAUAAUUGAUUAUGUAUGAAUGAAAUCAGUGCAUGCAUAAACUUCGGAGAAAUUCAAGUUUCCGCUACGCGAACGUUUAGCCAUUAGCUAGUUUUCAAAGCGCUUACAUAGAGAGCUGUAGAUUUUUACAUACGUUGUUUUGAAUUUGUUUAUAUUUGUUUAAAAAACAGAUUCAGAAAAAGUCGUAGGGUUUAAAAGAUAAAAAUAUAAACGUAAAAUACACUUAUUAGGUCUUAGUUCUUAAAGUAUGCAGUUUGGGGUCUAGAUUUUCACGUUUACACAAACCUUGUAAGUGUCUCCAACAUGUUGCCAAGUAUCAAUGAUGUUCCGUUAGUAAUUAAAAAGUUAUAGGAUAUUUUACCAUGAACAGAUCACUGUUUACAAAGCAGUCGAAUAUCACGACGUUCUAAAGGAAUUGCAUGGUAAAAUGUAUGUAUGAUUAUGUAGGGUUUCGAUAUUUUUAUUGUCUUUCUUUAAUUACUGAAUUUAAUGACAUGAAAUUUUGCAAGUGAAUAGUUGAAUGAUUAAACUAAUUAUUGGCAUACAUUUUACCAUGCAAUUCCUUUAGAACGUCGUGAUAUUCGACUGCUUUGUAAACAGUGAUCUGUUCAUGGUAAAAUAUCCUAUAACUUUUUAAUUACUAACGGAACAUCUUUGAUACUUGGCAACAUGUUGGAGACACUUACAAGGUUUGUGUAAACGUGAAAAUCUAGACCCCAAACUGCAUACUUUAAGAACUAAGACCUAAUAAGUGUAUUUUACGUUUAUAUUUUUAUCUUUUAAACCCUGCGACUUUUUCUAAAUCUGUUUUUUAAACAAAUAUAAACAAAUUCAAAACAACGUAUGUAAAAAUCUACAGCUCUCUAUGUAAGCGCUUUAUAUGAAAACUAGCUAAUGGCCAAACGUUCGCGUAGCGGAAACUUGAAUUUCUCCGAAGUUUAUGCAUGCACUGAUUUCAUUCAUACAUAAUUAAUUAUACACAAAUACACACUAAUUUUCGGACACAUCUCUUUUCUUCUAAAGUCUAUGGAUUUAAAAAAGUUCCGCCAGGACAACGUUCGCCAACGUUCGCCCAGCGGAAUCUGUUUUUGGUGAAUUUCUCCACAAUGGCUGCAUACACAAAUUUUUAUUUACCAUACACAAUUAUAGGACGUCUUACACUAAUUAUCUGCAUAAUUAAAAUCUUUAAAUUCAACAACAUUCCGCUGCGCGAACGCACACUAAGUUUAUUGCAUAGAAUAAGCUCUCUCUAUAAUUUUAUAAAGCUCUUUACAAAGUUUAUAUGAAUAAAAUGAUUAAUAAAACCAUUCAAAUAA